GAUUAUUUUCGUGAUUUUUCUUUUCUAGGUUAACAGAACCUUCUGGAUAUUUAACAGAUGGUCCAAUUAACUAUAAAUAUAAAACUAAGUGUACAUGGCUAAUUGAAGGCUAUCCAAAUGCAGUGUUGAGGUUAAGAUUCAAUCAUUUUGCUACUGAAUGCAGCUGGGAUCACAUGUAUGUUUAUGAUGGAGAUUCCAUAUAUGCGCCUUUAGUAGCUGUGCUUAGUGGCUUGAUCGUCCCUGAAGUGAGAGGCAACGAGACGGUGCCUGAGGUUGUCACAACGUCUGGCUAUGCGCUGCUGCACUUUUUUAGCGAUGCUGCCUAUAACCUAACUGGCUUCAACAUUUUUUACUCAAUCAAUUCCUGUCCUAACAAUUGCUCUGGCCAUGGAAAGUGUACAGCUAGUGUCCUCGUUGCAAGCCAAGUGUACUGUGAGUGUGAUAAAUACUGGAAAGGGGAAGCCUGUGAUAUUCCCUACUGUAAGGCCAACUGUGGCAGCCCCGAUCACGGCUACUGUGACCUGACAGGAGAAAAACUCUGUGUCUGCAACGAUAGCUGGCAAGGUAAGCGUGCGGGGUAUGGAAUGGCACUGGAAAUUCUACAUUCCUUGGUUUGAGUUUGUAAAUCCAGG